AUGACCUCCUCCUCACCUCCCGACGACAAGAUCGACGAUGAGAUGAUUCUCGAUUGUAUCACCGUCAAGCCAAAACCUUCCCACUCUUACACCGACAUGACCUCCUCACUCCCGACGCAAACCUGGCUGCUGGCAGCCCAGUCAGCACCACGAGAAGGAAGUGGGCGGGACCGAUUCCCGCCUAUCUUUUUGACAGCGACACUCCCCCCGCGCCAGCCGAGCACGAACCCGUUGCUAGCAGCCCAAGAAGAGGAAGUUGGUGGCACCGAUGGCCGGAUCUCUGAGCCCGAGGCGUCCAACAAGUCUGUUGAAGCUGAGACACCCCCGUCCAAGCCGACGAACGAGAAGACAGACAGACCCAGACCUUCGAAAGAAGGGAUCGCCAACAAAAGAAUCCAGCGGAGCGAGAACCGUCGCGGCAAGAGCAGACGCACCUCCGACAAGACCUGGGCCGAUCUCAGUACCGUCGAUAAUAAGAAGGGGUUGCUUGAUACCUUCGAAAACCAGAGAUUGGCGACACCGGGACGCCGAAAGCAACUUUCGGAGUGCAACUGGGUGCGCUAUCGGUUGUCCGCACUCAAUGUCUUGAUGCUGGGUGACUGGGCUAUUGGACCAGUGCCGAGGUUGGUGCUGACGGACCCCGAGGGAAGACAUUACGAACUGGAGGAUGCGAGGUUUCCUACGCAGAGGGGUCUGCCUGACAUCUGA